UGCCCCCAUGUUUGUGCUAUUAAGUACUUCAGUCACUAGAAUUAUAUCUACGUUACUUUGAACCUUUCCUCCCGGAAGUGUGUCUCUUUAUCACUAGUCACAUCCGGUCUAGCCACCUAUCCCCAAUCUGGUGACGAGGACAAUUAGUGCCCCGCUACAAUCCUUCUUUUCGACGUUACUUUUCCCCCUUUUUUACCUUUUCUUUUCAUUUGCCUUUAUUUUUGGUUUCAUUUUUCAUGCUUUACAUCCUCAGACUCUUGUUGGCAAGGAUGGCGACGAGCGGACAGAGGAGGAAGGCAGAGCCAAGCGGACGCCACCUUCAUCAUUUGAUAAAGAAGUAUCGCAUCGAGACGACCAUGAGUGCCCUCAACUCCGACACCAGAGAAGACGACCCCGUGCACAGAAGGAUGAAGAAGACCCCGCUCUCCGCAAUCAACGCACCUGUCGCUGAUGAGAAGACCUGCCUUCUUAAGCCAGCACAACCUGCUAUCCGGGGCCAGAACGUAGCGACCUAUCCUGUCCACAGCGUACCUCCGUUCCCGCGUCACGAGCUGUGUGUCUCGUAUUCCCUCUGCUUCCCUGGCCGCCUCUUGGACCUCAACCUCCCGCCCGGACACGGACUUUUGACGCCUCUCUCCUACCCUCGGCCUCAUGUUUGCUCACGGACCAUACACUUUUGGAUUACAAUCACCGCACCUGUCGCUGAUGAGAAGACCUGCCUUCUUAAGCCAGCACAACCUGCUAUCCGGGGCCAGAACGUAGCGACCUGUCCUGUCCACAGCCUACCUCCGUUCCCGCGUCACGAGCUGUGUGUCUCGUCUCCCCGUAUUCCCUCCGCUUCCCUGGCCGCCUCUUGGACCUCGACCUCCCGGCCGGACACAGACUUUUGACGCCUCUCUCCUCCCCUCGACCUCAACGUUUGCUCACGGACUCUCGGACUUCCGCCUCUCGCUCACCACUACGGGAGGGAAUGGUGGAACAGCUACGGGCAAUCUGCAAUCAGAGCACCUGGAUCUAAUGAGGCUCGACAGUAUAAAGACUAACGCAGCUGACGAUCCAGCGCUGGAACGUAGUUCUCUGUCUUCAUGAGCUGUGCGCCUCACUUCCCUCGAUCCCCCUCUGGACUCUGACCGCCUCCCUCAAUCCUCGACUCCCUUCGCUUUGGACACGGACCUCAAGACGCCUCUCUCCUGCCCCACGGACCUCCCGCUUGGAUCACAGACCUUCUCCCGCCCAGCCCCUUUGGACUUGUUUGCCUUUCCAACCAACACGCACUUACAACAACCUCCUGGUAAUAUUUCCUUGUUAGUUCCUGCACAUAGUCUUGCAUGCACACACAUGGUAGCAUACACACUCCACUCACUCAUCAAGCUCAAUAAAUCCCCAUUGAGCAAUA